CAAAAUGUAGUUUUAAUAUUUUUAUUUUCAAAAUCCAAGGAUGGUUUUGUAAAACCAUCAAACACCAUGCAGGUAUGGUUUUGUGAAACCAUCAAACACAAUCAUAAAACCAUUAUCUUUUAUCUUACUUUAUACACACACAUUUGCAUUUUAGGGAGAUAGAAAUACAGUGAGAGAAGUUGAUAUGCAAGAGAAAGAGAGAGAGGCCAACCAGAAUCCGAGUGGCAGCCAUCCAUAUAAGUCAGGUCGGUGUUUCGGAUAUGGGUGAUAUCCAACGGUUCUCCUCGGUGGAAGAAGUCGAAGGUUUUGGGCAAUCCGGCGAAAUGUUCAAACCACUGAGGCGAGCGAUGAAGAGUUCUGAUCAGACGAAAGCCUCGGCGAAUCAAAGAUGAAAACACAGAAAAUGUUAUUUUCUCUCUAUCUCACACACUCUCUGUUUCUAGAUCCCAUCCCGGUCACCGGCGAAUAUGGUGUCGUCGUCGUUGUCUUACACAUCUCUCUGUUCACCCACUCAGCGUUGCCUUGAUAGUAUCGAAGAAGUCAGGCGUCGUUAAAUCGACGGGAAGAAAACAAUUACAGAUACCUCGCCGCGCGGAGAUGACGAUUUGCAGAGACAAUGGGGGAGUUCAAUCAAAUUGUUGGGACAUGACAUGUGGUUUUGUGGUGGUGGUGAUGGUUGGUUAUAUAGGGUAGUGGAAAGGUGGCAAACGAUUGGAGGAACGGCGGUGGGAGGAGGCGCGUCGUUUCGGUCAGUGACGACGACAGUUGAAUCGUUGUGUCAAUUCCGUUAAGGCGUAUUCACUUUAAGUUGAGGGUGUCGGUUAAUUCACGGAGUUGGUUAUUUGCAAUGGAUGGUGGAGUUGCUUUUUUAUAUAUAAGUAAUAAUUUAUUAACUCUAAAUGUGAUUUAAACGGCAUGUUUGUGCGGACACGACCUUUGUUAAGUUAGUGGUGCCUCAAGUUAGUUUUUGUAGGGUUAUGUAAUUAGUGUUGAUCACUGAUUUACUUCAAUUUCUGCUUAAUCUGGCAAAUAUGACGCGGAUAGGAGCCAACGCGAUGUCAAGUGCGAUUGCGAAUCCGGAUGUUCGGCUUUCAGAGGAGGAACUUGAGAGGAAGAAGAAGAAAGAAGAGAAGGCGAAAGAGAAAGAGUUGAAAAAACAAAAGGCUGCGCAAAAAGCUGCUGAAGCGGCUAAAGUGAAGGCUCAACAAGGACCUGCUUCCAUAAAAGCCAGUAAGAAGAAGCCGGGACGGGCUGAUGCCGGAGAUGAAAAUCCUGAAGAUUUUAUCGAUCCGGAAACACCUUCUGGUGAUAAGAAAAAGCUUUCUAAACAAAUGGCAAAACAGUUCUCUCCUGAGGCAGUGGAGAAAUCAUGGUAUGCGUGGUGGGAGCGGUCACGUUUCUUUGAGGCGGAUUCUAAUAGCUCUAAACCCCCAUUCACAAUCGUUCUUCCACCUCCGAAUGUCACUGGGGCCUUACAUAUUGGUCAUGCCUUAACUGCUGCUAUCCAGGAUACAAUUAUUCGUUGGAGGAGAAUGUCAGGAUACAAUGUACUGUGGGUGCCUGGGAUGGACCAUGCAGGGAUAGCAACUCAGGUUGUGGUGGAGAAAAAACUCAUGAGAGAAAGAAAAUUGACCCGUCAUGACGUGGGCCGAGAGAAUUUUGUAUCGGAAGUAUGGAAGUGGAAAGAUGAGUAUGGGGGCACGAUACUAAAACAACUUCGACGAUUGGGUGCAUCUCUAGAUUGGUCACGUGAGUGUUUUACAAUGGAUGACAAAAGGUCAAAUGCUGUAACCGAAGCUUUUGUCAGGCUUUAUAAGGAAGGUCUUAUAUAUAGAGAUUUACGGUUAGUCAACUGGGAUUGUGUGUUGCGAACAGCAAUAUCUGAUAUCGAGGUUGAUUAUAUCGAUAUUAAAGAGAAGACACCUCUAAAGGUUCCUGGGUAUAAAACCAUGGUGGAAUUUGGUGUUUUAACGUCAUUUGCAUACCCUUUAGAGGAAAAUCUUGGAGAAAUUAUUGUGGCUACUACUAGAGUUGAAACGAUGCUUGGAGAUACCGCUAUUGCUGUUCAUCCUGAUGACCCAAGAUACAAACAUCUUCAUGGAAAGUUUGCUAGCCAUCCGUUUAAUGGAAGAAGACUUCCUAUAGUUUGUGAUUCUAUACUUGUUGACCCAAAUUUCGGAACCGGUGCGGUGAAGAUAACUCCAGCUCACGACCCAAACGAUUUCGAGGUUGGAAAGCGUCAUAAAUUGGAAUUUAUCAACAUUUUCACCGAUGAUGGGAAGAUAAACAGUAAUGGAGGUUCAGAUUUUGUAGGGAUGCCACGUUUUGAAGCUCGUGUGGCUGUAACCAAGGCUUUGAAGUCUAAGGGACUGUAUAAAGGGGAAGAGAAAAAUGAAAUGAGGCUAGGGCUAUGUUCUAGAAGCAAUGAUGUGGUUGAACCUAUGAUUAAACCACAGUGGUAUGUUAACUGCCAUGGUAUAGCUAAGGAAGCGCUUGAUGCUGUCAUGGAUGAUACAAAUAAGAAAACUGAGAUAAUGCCAAAACAAUAUGCUGCUGAAUGGAAAAGAUGGCUUGAAAACAUUCGUGAUUGGUGUAUAUCAAGGCAGCUUUGGUGGGGUCAUCGCGUUCCUGCAUGGUAUGUUACAUUGGAGGAUGAUGAACUUAAAGAACUCGGGGCCUACACGAACCAUUGGGUGGUGGCCCGUAACGAGAAAGAUGCUAAGGUGGAGGCUAACAGAAUCUUCCCAGGAAAAAAGUUUCAGUUGGCUCAAGAUCCUGAUGUUUUAGACACUUGGUUUUCUUCCGGGCUUUUUCCGUUAUCUGUAUUGGGCUGGCCCGAAGACACUCAAGAUUUGAAGACGUUUUACUCAACUUCUGUUCUUGAAACAGGGCAUGACAUUUUGUUCUUUUGGGUUGCACGUAUGGUCAUGCUUGGCAUGAAAUUAGGAGGUGAUGUACCUUUUAAAAAGGUUUAUUUACAUCCCAUGAUUCGUGAUGCACAUGGGCGCAAAAUGUCUAAAUCUUUGGGCAAUGUGGUGGACCCCAUUGAUGUCAUAUGCGGUAUAACGUUGGAAGAUCUUAUCAAGAGACUUGAGCAGGGUAAUCUGGACCCCGCCGAGUUGAAGGUUGCUAAAGAGGGUCAAACAAAGGAUUUUCCUAACGGCAUUGACCAAUGUGGUGCAGAUGCCCUUCGUUUUGCCCUCGUCUCUUACACAGCUCAGUCUGAUAAAAUAAAUCUGGACAUAUUACGUGUGGUUGGAUACCGACAAUGGUGUAACAAGUUAUGGAAUGCUGUGCGGUUUGCCAUGAGUAAACUCGGUGACGAUUAUACCCCUCCAACAAAGAUAGAACCACAGAAGAUGCCAUUUAGUUGCCAAUGGAUAAUUUCAGUGCUAAACAAAGCUAUAUCAAAAACUAUAUCGUCUUUGGAUUCUUACGAGUUUUCGGAUGCGUCAAGUGCUGUAUAUUCAUGGUGGCAGUCUCAACUUUGUGAUAUUUUCAUUGAAGUAAUUAAACCUUACUUCUUUGGUGAUAAUGAUGACCCUGCAAAAGGUUAUGCACAAGAUACAUUGUGGGUGUGUUUGGAUACAGGAUUAAGAUUGCUCCAUCCAUUUAUGCCAUUUGUUACUGAAGAAUUAUGGCAGCGACUUCCUUCACCGAAGAAUCGUACACGUGAGGAGUCCAUUAUGAUAUGUGAAUAUCCAUCCGUUGUCGAGUCAUGGACAAAUGAUCAUAUAGAAUAUGAGAUGGAAGUGAUUGAGUCUGCAGUUAAAUCAUUUAGAUCAAUUAGGGGAGAAACGAAAGAAAGGCGGGCUGGUUUUGUUGUGUCCCGAACUGAUCAAAUUGCAGACCUUUUAAGGAGCCAUGAAAUGGAGGUUUCAACCCUAGCUAACUUGUCAUCUUUAAAGGUACUCACUGAAAAUGAUCCCGCUCCAGUUGGAUGUGCAGUGGCGGUUGUAAAUGAAGCACUUUCAGUUUAUCUGAAGAAUCAAGGAGCUAUUGAUGUUAAAAAGGAACGAGAAAAGCUCAAUGCUAAGUUUGCAGAAUUACAGAAGCAAAAGGAUAGUUUAAACAAGGUGAUGAGUGCCAAGGGGUAUGAGGAGAAGGUGCCAGCUCAUAUCAAAGAAGAAAAUGUUGCAAAACUCGCCUCAUUAAUGCAACAACUACUCUCUAUUGAUGAAGCCACUCAACACAUUGAACGCCAAGUAGCUGCGAAUUCAGAAGUCUAAGUUUGAACAUUCUUUUUUCGUUUCGGCAUAACUAACUCCGAGCUCGGGCUGAAGAAAAACGACUAGUACGGAUCGUCAAGGCCAUCCCGAAGGAUUUAUGCUUCAACAGACUGUAUAGCAAAUUUUCCUCGGUUGAUCAUUAUCCCUACAGUUUUACUUAAGUCUUAUUUUGUGUUUAAAUAAAAAGUUAAAAGAAAUUACUUAUUUUUUUCAUCAAUAUUAUAUUAAAAUGGUGUUCCUUUUCGAAA